GAGAGCUUUACAGAAAAAGGGUGGAGAGAGAAAUGAAGGUAGGGAGGCUAUUUAAGGGAGAGAGAACUCUGAGAGAGUGAGCAAAGAGGGAGCUCUGGCCACUAGCUUAUCUAACACACCAUCAUCCACGCCAUAUCAUAUUCUCGAUUAAGAAAUGGCGGCUGGAGGGUCUAGUUCUGGGCAGCCACAGUUCAUUGCGAGGGCUGGAAAUGAGAGUUUUUCACACGCACCAUUGAUCGAGAAUCCGGAAACUGGUCAGAUUGUUGUUCCUGAUAAGAAAAGCUGGAAGAACCUUUUUGCAUAUAUGGGCCCGGGAUUUCUUGUAUCCAUUGCAUAUAUUGAUCCUGGGAAUUUUGAAACUGACCUUCAAUCUGGAGCUCAGUACAAGUAUGGGUUGCUUUGGAUCAUAUUAGUGGCAUCCUGUGCUGCCCUCAUUAUUCAAUCCUUAGCAGCAAAUCUAGGGGUUGUCACAGGAAAACAUUUAGCAGAGCACUGUAAAGCUGAGUACCCCAAAGUGCAAAAUUUCAUCCUAUGGGUUCUUGCUGAGAUUGCAAUUGUUGCAUGUGAUAUUCCUGAAGUUAUAGGAACCGCUUUUGCAUUGAAUAUGCUCUUCAGCAUUCCUGUAUGGUGUGGUGUUCUUCUAACAGGGCUUAGCACACUCUUCCUUCUUGCACUGCAGCAAUAUGGGAUUAGAAAGCUUGAAUUCUUGAUUGCCUUUCUUGUACUGACCAUUGCGAUUUGCUUCUUCCUGGAGCUGGGCUAUGCAAAGCCUGAUGUUGGAGAAGUUUUUUAUGGGUUAUUUGUCCCUCAAUUAAAAGGAAGUGGUGCUACUGGUCUUGCUAUUUCACUUCUUGGUGCUAUGGUUAUGCCACACAAUCUCUUUCUUCAUUCGGCACUCGUGCUCUCUCGGAAAAUACCCCGAUCCGUUUCUGGCAUCAAGGAAGCUUGCAGAUUUUAUAUGAUCGAGAGUGGAUUUGCUCUCAUGGUGGCUUUUCUGAUUAAUGUAUCAGUCAUUUCAGUUAGUGGUGCAGUUUGCAAUUCACCAGAUCUAAAUAAGGAGGACCAAAUGAGCUGCAAUGAUUUGGACUUGAAUAAAGCUUCAUUUUUAUUGAGAAAUGUAUUGGGUAAAUGGAGUUCAAAACUUUUUGCCAUUGCUUUAUUGGCAUCUGGUCAGAGUUCUACCAUAACAGGAACCUAUGCAGGACAGUAUGUUAUGCAGGGGUUUCUCGAUUUGAAACUGACGCCAUGGGUCCGAAACUUUUUAACCCGAUGCUUAGCAAUUGUUCCUAGUUUGAUUGUUGCAAUCAUUGGUGGGUCUUCUGGGGCUGGGAAGCUCAUCAUUAUUGCGUCUAUGAUUUUGUCAUUUGAACUUCCUUUUGCUCUCGUUCCUCUUCUGAAGUUUACAAGCAGCAGGACCAAGAUGGGAACACAUGUCAACUCCACUGCGAUUACGGUAUUGACAUGGAUUAUUGGGUUCCUCAUCAUGGCUAUAAACAUAUACUACCUCAUGACCCGCUUCAUCCACGUUCUCCUUCAUAACGAUCUCCAACUCGUAGCAGUCGUCUUCAUAGGGAUACUUGGAUUUUCAGGGAUGGCAAUAUAUUUAGCAGGAAUAGCUUAUCUGGUUUUCAGAAAGACCAAGGAGAGCACUCAUCUGUUGGCACUAACAACAGAAGAAAGCCAACAACUGAGCAACACACCGAGUAAGAGAUCAGGAUAUGGUCUCCCAAAUGAAGAUUUAACAAGUAGAACUACAAGUGAUGAUGUAAACUGACAAAUUAUGGCUAAAAACUUGAGCCAUACAACAAAGGCAGAUCCCUUGGGUUUUGGUUUCAUUUGUUUGGAAAAACAACACACAGAUGAAACUCAGAAGCACAGCCAAAUGGGUUUAUAGUUCAAUCAGCUUAUAACCCAAUUCUACCUAUAUAUCAUCAUCACCUGCAUUCUGCCUACCUACCUAAAACCUAACUGCUUAGAGUUUUGCAGUGUUCAUUUCAGAUUUUUAGGGUUUUAAUUAGCUCAGAAAUAACAAAGUACUUACCUUUUUGCUCCUC